AUGGAAAGAAGUGAACCUACCUUUGUACCAGAAUGGUUGAAAAACUCUGGUUCAACUGGUGGUGGCUCUAAAUCUCAUACAGAUGAUCACGCCGCAGCAAGGGUUUCGAGGAACAAGUCCUUUGUGAAUAAUAAUGGCCACAAUUUUAGACGAUCUUCUAGUUCUGAGAGAACAACCUCUUCAUUCUUCCGCCGGAGUUCUAGCAGUAACAGUUCUGGUAAUUUUAGGACUUACAGUAGUUUUGGUAGAAACCAGCGUGACAGGGAAUGGGAGAAGGACACUUAUGUUUAUCGUGACCAAAACAAGUUGGCCAAGGGGAACUAUAAGUAUCGAGAAUUUUCAGACCCUCUUGGGAACACAUCAGUGGGUAAGUUUGAGAGGGAUGGGUUAAGGCGUUCGCAGUCGAUGGUUUCAGGGAAACGUGGGGACACAUGGCCUAAAAGGGUCGUGGCUGACUUGAAUGAUGACACUAGAAAGAAUACGAGUGGUGUGGCCACCAGGGGGAAACCUGUUGGCAUGGUGAACAAAGCAGCUUUCGAGAGGGAAUUUCCGACGUUGGGUGUAGAGGAGAGGGCUGUCAUUCCUGAGGUCGGUAGGGUCCCGUCUCCUGGUUUGAAUGCCGCCAUUCAGAGAUUAUCUGCCAACUCAGCUUUGAUAGGCGGUGAAAAAUGGACAUCGGCCUUGGCUGAGGUUCCAAUUUUGGUUGGGAGCAACGGAGUCAAUUCAUUGCUUGUGCAGCCUGCAACUUCGAGUUCUGCCUCUGUGGCAUCGAGCUCUACCAACAGUCUCAACAUGGCCGAAGCUGUAGCUCAGGGUUCUAGUCGUGCUCAAACCCCUCGGUUAUCUGUCGGAACCCAGAGACUUGAAGAAUUGGUGAUCAAACAAUCCAGGCAAUUAAUUCCAGUGACACCAUCCCUGCCAAAAACAUUGGUGUCGAAUUUGUCAGAUAAACAGAAAAGUAAAGUGGGCCCACAGCAGCAGCUUCCCGUAUCAUCCUCUCUUACCAUCACUCACUCCCACCGGGGCGGGCCCGUGAAGGGUGACUUCCCGAAGGCACCACCCACCGUGAGUAAGCUCCAUGUGCUCAAGCCUGCAAGAGAUAAGAAUAGUAUCAUCACCCCUGUCUCGAAGGACAACCUGAGCCCAACAAGUGUCAAACCUGCAGGCUCCCAACUUGCCCUGGGUCGGGCCCCGCCAAGCAGCGCGGCCUCGGACCGUAAGCCCAUUCCGACUGUGCUGGAGAAGCGGCCCACCUCCCAGGCCCGAAGCCGCAACGACUUUUUCAAUCUCAUGAGGAAGAAGUCUAUGGAGAGCUCUUCCCCUGCUGUUGACUCAGCUGUCAUGGAGAACUCAUCAUCUCCCGUGGGCCCCGGCGAUGUUUUGUCGCCGACCUUUUCAGAUAAGAAUGCUGAGUCCAUAGAGUUGCUGCCGCCUUUGAGUUCGAGCCCUGACGUGGAUCGUGAGGAAAAAGUCGAGAUGCGUAAUGUUGACGGGAAAAAGUACACGAGCUGCGAUCUGAUUAUAUCGGAGGAGGAAGAGGCUGCCUUUCUACGUUCUUUGGGAUGGGAGGAAAAUGAUGAGGAGGGUGGUCUUACUGAUGAGGAAAUAAGUUCUUUCUACAUGGAUUUAACUAAGUACAUCAAUUCAAAACCAUCCCUCAAAAUACUGCAAGGUGUGCAACUAAAGUUUAUGCUGCCAUUGGAUUCACAAAUUAAGGUUACUGAUGAAAUUGCUGAUGCGAAGCUGGAAUCUUGA